AUGCAUCAGCCUGCGCAGUAUGACACGGAUGUUCUUAUUGUGGGCGCCGGCCCAGUCGGUAUGCUACUGGCAUACCAACUCGAUCGUCUGGGUAUCGCAUGCUUGAUCGCAGAGCGAAAUAUCAAAACCACGAAAUGGCCGAAAAUGGAUCUAACGAACUGUCGGAGCAUGGAGAUCCUCAGGGUGCUAGGACUGGCAGAUGACUAUAGGGCGCAGGGUAACGCCGUGGGUUUGGACGCAAACUUUGAUUCAAUUUUCAUUACGAGUUUGUCGAGCGAGGGACGCUUACUUGCCAACUGGAAAAUCCCGUCUGUCAUCGAACAACGUGAGCAUAUAAAGACCCAUAAUGACGGGACACAACCCGCCGAGCCGGGCCAACGGUGCUCCCAGAUCAUUUUCGAGGCUUGGAUUAAGGAUAUCAUUUGCAGGUGUGCAAAUGUGACGUUUCAGAGCGGCUGGACGUACACGAAUCAUGUUGAAACAGACGACGGAGUGACGGCUACGUUCAUCGAAGGUAAUCGCGCAACGCAUACAGUCCGAGCUCGUUAUCUCGUGGGCUGUGACGGUGGUAGCAGCAAAGUUCGAAAUAAUGCCGGGAUCAAGCUUCUUGGAGGUCAAAUUCCCGUAAAGUUCUACCUGGUUCACUUCCGAUCCGCGGAACUAGCUCAGAGGCUGCAGUUCGGACGUUUCUGGCAUGCAUUUCCCGUCGGCACCGGGUUUCUCAUUGACCAGGACGAGAAGGAUACCUUUACAGCACACUAUCCUCUCCCUGAUGGUAUCACCGAGCCUAUCGACCCAAAGGAAAUUGUCUACAAAAUGCUAGGAGGGUGCCUUGGAAAGUGGCAUAUCAAGAUCGACGAAAUUCUUGUUCAUAGCGAGUGGCAGCCGAGCUUCAGUAUUGCUGAAAGCUAUUGCACAGAGAAUAGACGCGUGCUUCUUGCCGGCGACGCAGCACAUAGAAACCCACCCCACGGCGGCUACGGAAUGAACAGCGGAGUUGUAGACGCAAUUGACCUUGGUUGGCGACUCGCUUCGAUUCUCAAAGGCUACGGAGGCGAAGCACUGCUCAAGGCAUACAGCGAUGAACGACGCCCGAUGAUGAUUCGAGCGCUUCAGCGAUCCCACCGCCACGUUCUCGAGCACGUCAUUCUUGGAGACUUGUACAACCAAUUACACGACAGCUUGACAAGCAGUUCAUCCGCAGCCGACCUAAACCAUGCGGUGGCCCUAAUCAAGAGCUAUAUUACUACAUCUGGGCCGGAAACAUUGGAUCGAGGGAUUGAACUUGAUCUCAGGUACGAUUAUUCGCCCUUUAUCUAUCCUGACGGUACAUCGCCUGGUCCUUGGGAUGUAAAGAGCUAUACUCCAAGCACUCGGCCUGGCUGUAGAGCGCCCCAUGUGUUCCUGAAAGAUGGAAUUACCAGCAGUUACGACUUGCUUGGAGUGGAGUGGACCUUGUUCCAUUUCACCGGGGAGAAUGAGGACGACAGUAUCAAAAUCCUUACAGACGUGGCGAAAGAAAGGGGCUUUCCAUUGAAAUAUGUGGUUCUCAGAGGGGAAUCCCAUGUUCAAAAGAUAUGGGAGCGCAAUAUUGUCCUCGUGAGGCCGGACACACACGUUGCUUGGAGGGCUAAUGAAGGACCGUCUACACAAGCGGAAGCAGAAAGAAUCCUGCUGGUUGUUUCAGGGAACAUGCCGUUUCCAGGAUAUAGCGAGUCCGAGGUGCUCGCACAGGCGGAAGAGGAGUUCCUAAAAACUGCAGAAGCAUUCACGGGUAAUAGCAACAGUGACAGGCCGGCUGUUGUAGGUGAAGCGACAGCUCCCUACUGA